CAGGACAGGCUCGCUCGGGAGCAGCGGGCGGCCAGGGGGAGCGGGGUUGGUCUGGGGGGGAGGCUCCUGGCUCAGGCCUCGGCCGUCUCCCCUUUGCAGCCACCCAGCGCCCGCAGGCUGGCGUCCUCCAGCGAGCUGGCGUGGGGCCGGGCGGGCGCUCGCCCUCGCUCGCAGUCGUGACACGGUGCAGAGCCGCGUUCAGGCAGGCCUGGGAGCGAUGGGGCCGUUGGACGCUCACGGGUGGCAUGCUACAUUAACCAAAAUAGGAUAUAUCGAAGCAUAUUUCUGAAGAAUAUAUUUUUAAAGCUGAUGGUUAUCCUCCUCAAGAAAUUCCAGUUAUCCUUCAACUUAGUUUAUCAUUAUGGCUCUAUCUUUUAAACUGAUGGAAAAUGUCUUUCUUUCUAGUAAGUGCCAUAGGCAAAAUGCCUUGCAUCCUUUCUGUGGCCCUCUCCUUACCAACUGUAUUUCAAAAUUGUACAGUAGCUAUAGGAGACCAGGAACAUCGCCUGAUAACACUCCACUUUGGAAGAUGAAUUUCAGCUUUGAGAAUGGAGUAGAUUGGAUUAAGAAAAAUUUUGGCCUCCUAAAGAAGGAGUUGGUGGAUCAUGUGAAAGGGCCUGAAGGCCGUGGUUUCGAGGAGUACUUUUUGGAACAAACUAGAGUGGUUUGGGAGUUUCGCAGUCAGAAAGAUUUAGAUGAGUGGGUGGUUUCUUCUGAUGCGGAGAUUGGAGGGAAAAGUGAAGCCUACCUAAAACUGGGUAAGAAUAACCAGACUGCUCUGCUCUUUGGGACUCUCAGUACUGAAGCACCUCGUGAUGGGGAGACGGGAUACAGUGGAUAUUGCGCAAUAAGAGCCAAACUCCUGAAGGGAGCGUUUGACACAAAGAAGUAUUAUGACUGGUCAAACUUUAAUAGUCUGUAUUUACGCGUUCGUGGUGAUGGUCGACCCUGGAUGAUAAACAUCUAUACGGACCCAUACUACUCCCAUCAAAAGGAUGACCUGUACACUUACUUCAUGUUCACCCGAGGGGGUCCAUACUGGCAAGAAAUUACGAUUCCAUUCUCCAAGUUCUUUCUCUCAAGUUGGGGGAGAAUCCAGGAUGACCAGUACCCACUCUGGUUAGAUAAGAUUAGUUCUGUUGGAUUCACAUUGGGAGACAAGGCAGAUGGCCCUUUCCAGCUGGAGAUAGACUUUAUUGGAUUGCUGAAUGACAGAGCUCACACAGAAGAAUUUGCCUAUGAAAAAUAUGAAAGAAAUCCCAAAGCAUAGAUGGGUCUGCAAUCCUGUGGAAUGUGCUUCAGUAGCUUGUUUUAUUUAUAUAUGACAACACACACACACACACACACACACACAGAGACAGUUAAACUUUAGUUCUUUCAUGGAUGGGAUAAGGAGCUCAAAUAUUAAAGUAAUUAUGUCGUUAGGUGAGUGUGAUGGACUCUAUACUUAAACUUGAAAUUUCAGAACAUAUCAUAUUCAGUUUAAUGUGGCUUCCAAUAGUAAGUAUGGACUUCUGACAACAAGCAAGAGACGAAGUGAAAUUGUUGCACUAUUAUUGGGGAGAUAACUUUGCAUUAUUGGACCCUGGUUUUCUUUGAAAUUAUUAGAAAUCUGCUGCCUGGCACAUGCCUACUAAUUAGAGGGAGUUUCCAUCCCAAAAGGCAAUAGGGGCUUGCAAUGCUGUAAGAUUUCCUGGUUUGUAUUUCACUUGACCUUUAGAAUUAGAAUAACCUUCCCUGUUUAAUAUUGCACACAACUGUAGUCUUUGGGCUGGGAAGAGGGCUAACAGCUGUUAGGAAUAGUCCAUAAAUUGUGCAGUAAAGUUCCCUGAGGCCCACCCAGGAGUAGAUGGGUGGACAGGAUCCAAUCUCACCUUCCAUUUAAAAAUAAAUCUAGCUGUGAUGGUUACAAAGCAAACCUUCAAAAUAGGAGCUGUGUAAUGAAUAGAGAACACCUGAAAAAAAGUUAUUUUUGAGCUAGUGGUGACAUCAGGCAGGUGAUAAGACUGAUACUUGAAAUAUUUCAAUUACUCAAAGCCUUUAAGAAAGGAGGGAUAGCUCAGUGGUUUGAGCGUUGGCCUGCUAAAUCCAGGGUUGUGAGUUCAAUCCUUGCAGAGGCCAUUUAGGGAUUUGGGGCAAAAAUUCAUCAGGGAUGGUACUUGGUCCUGCUGUGAAGGCAGGGGACUGGACUCAAUGACCUUGCAAGGUCCCUUCCAGUUCUAGGAGAUAGGCAAUCUCCAUUAUUAUUAUAAGGAGGGGAUGAAGAGCUACACCAGGGUUUUCCAUAAUGGGAGUCCAAAAGCUGGGAAAGAUCUACACAUCUUGAUUUGUAUAGCACAUUAUAAGAGGUGGGGGAGGGGUAAAGUGGAUUUGGUUUAGAACAAGGAGUGCUGGGUUUCCUGAGGUGACUUAUAUUGAACAGGGUUUCAAAGAAAAAUAGCAUUCAAGUACUGCACAGACAGUGAACUGAUAGGACCAAAGUAACAUUCUAAUACUCUGAAUACUUACUACUAAAUGGGUUAGUAAUAAGCCCUUUCUAAGCAUUCUCUCUCUGUCCCUGCUAAACAUAAGUGUUUCAGUAUUCUGAUUUACAACACCAAGAAGUGAACUGCAUCAACUAAAAAAAGAUUAGGCAGAUCACUAAGCUUAGCAAAUUGUUAUAUAUUUUUCUUUAGUGGAAGAAUGGUAUAUACAUGUAUGUAUGAGUACAUCUAGCAACUGCAGAUGGUUAAAUGUUGCGUCCCUACUCUUGCACGUGCACACACACACGCACACGCACACACUUAAUAAUCACACUUCUCGUGCCAUUUAAGUCAUAGGGUGACCAUCCGUCCUAUUUUUACUGGGGACAGUCUUAUAUUUAAUGGCUGUUUCCAGUGUCCUGAAUUUUUUUUUUUAA